UUGCGUUGUUUAGUAGUUGACGAUGUGAUCGAUCCUCAGGAGUUCAUUUCAAUCAUUACACCUGUUCUUCAGGCCUCGGUUCCCAAAGAGACGGCUAUAGCCACUCAUGCUGCCUUAUCUGGUCUAUCUCCUGAGAAAGAAAGGGGACUUCGUGAGCUGUAUGAUCGUCUUGACAUAGAUAAUGAUGGCACUGUCGACAUCAGGGACCUCACAGCAGCUCUUAAACAUGAGAUGCCUCAUAUCCCAGCACGACUUGCUCCGAAACUUAUGGCUCGUCUCAGUUCUGGAAGUGAGGAGAAGGUGGACUUUCGUGAUUUUGUUAAAUACGUUCUAGAACACGAGAAAAGGUUGGAAGUUAUUUUUCAGGAUCUGGACAAAAACAAUGAUGGAUUCAUUGAUGUUCGCGAGAUAAAGAGUUUCUGUAAUGAUCUUGGAGUAGCACUUGACGAUAGGAAAGCACAGGGCAUCGUGGAACGAAUGGAUCAGUCCGGAUCGUCAUCGAUAGACCUUAACGAGUUUCAACAGUUCAUGUUGUUAUAUCCUAGUUCGGACGUGAAAGAUAUGGUCGACUUUUGGCGUCAUAAUCUUGUGAUUGAUUUAGGCGAGGAUAUUCAAGUGCCAGAAGAUUUCACUGAUCAGGAAAUGACUUCGGGUGUGUGGUGGCGUCAUUUAGUCGCUGGUGGUAUUGCAGGUUGUAUGUCUAGAACGUGUACGGCACCCUUUGAUAGUGGAUCUUUUCAAAAUUUUGUACUGUUUUGCAAAGUGCAUUCAACACGGACAAACAAUUUAGGCGUUGUCUCUUCCUUGAGGUUGUUGCAUGCUGAAGGAGGAGUUAAAUCGUUUUGGAGAGGAAACGGCAUCAAUGUGAUCAAAAUUGCUCCGGAAUCGGCGAUCAAGUUCAUGGUUUACGACCAAUGUAAGAGAAUGAUCCAGCAAUAUAAGAAUGAUGGUGAACUAACGAUUAUCGAGAGGCUUUGCGCUGGUUCUGUUGCUGGGGCUAUCUCCCAAACCUCUAUCUAUCCCAUGGAAGUGUUGAAAACGAGGCUAGCGCUGCGUAAGACCGGUCAAAUGGAUAAUGGUCUUAUUCACUUUACACAAAAAAUGUACAAAAAGGAGGGGUUAAUUUGUUUCUACAAGGGUUAUGUUCCUAAUUUGUUAGGUAUUAUACCUUAUGCGGGUAUCGAUUUGGCUAUUUAUGAAACACUGAAAAAGUUGUACGUUCGGCAUCAUAAGGACAGUGCUGAACCCGGUGUGUUGGCGCUGCUCGCAUGCGGCACAUGUAGCUCGACUUGUGGUCAACUCGCCAGUUAUCCUCUGGCACUUGUCAGAACACGAUUGCAAGCAAGAGCAAUUUCUGGAAAUUCUAUGCAACCCGACACUAUGAUUGGUCAGAUCCGUUACAUCGUCAGUAAUGAAGGAUUCUUUGGUCUCUAUCGAGGAAUAGCACCUAAUUUUAUGAAGGUGAUUCCCGCCGUUAGUAUAAGCUACGUUGUUUACGAACACGUGCGUAAGCACCUUGGAGCAACAAUGUCGUGA